CUUCUUUCCAUAAGGGUUUUGAAAAGAAGUCCAUUUCAUGGUUUGCAGAAGACAUGCAGUUUAACCAAAUUCCUUAGAAUUUGUGUGUACCUCGUGGUUGCUUUGGUGCUUGUAGCUGUUUUGUAAGUUUCCACAUAAUAAUGCUGUUCGUAUCUUGGUCUUCCAGUGACGAAGACCUGGCUACUGGUCAGGUAAAACAAUCUGAUGUGCAGAGACUGUAGCCUGUCUUGAGAGACCAACCACUUCAUCCACAAGAAGGCAGAUUACAUUUGUCAAAACUCAGUGCAGUCUUGCAAAUGGCCAGGGGCUAUGGGUGAUCUUACCAUGCCAUCUAUUAUCAGAUGUGUCACUAAUGCCAAGAACAGGAGGUGCUGGUUAAGGAAUGAAACAACCUGUAUACCAACCUGUAAUGUGUUUGAAAGAAGAAUUGCAACGAAUAUUUUGCUGACAGAAAGUUCUACACAUAUUCUACCUGCAAGAAAAAUGAAGUUGUACUAUUUCAUGGUGCCUGUGCUAAUUAUUCUGCUGUUCUUUUUCUGGAUCCCUUCAUCAAUGGGCUGCAACAAGGCUUUAUGUGCCAGUGACGUCAGCAAAUGCUUAAUACAGGAGCUGUGUCAGUGCCGUCCCGGUGAAGGAAACUGCUCAUGUUGUAAGGAGUGCAUGCUUUGUCUAGGCACACUUUGGGAUGAAUGCUGUGAUUGUGUUGGUAUGUGCAAUCCACGGAAUUACAGUGAUACACCUCCAACAUCCAAGAGUACUGUUGAGGAACUGCAUGAGCCAAUCCCUUCUCUUUUCCGGGCUCUUACCGAAGGCGACACUCAGUUGAGCUGGAAUGUUGUUUCCUUCCCUGUUGCUGAAGAACUGUCACAUCAUGAGAACCUGGUGUCAAUUUUAGAAACAGUGAACCAGCCCCACCAUCAAAAUGUCUCCAUUCCAAACAACAAUGUCCAUGCAUCAUACUCCAGUGAAAAAGAACGGAUGUGUACUGUGGUUUAUUUUGAUGACUGCAUGUCAAUACAUCAGUGCAAGGUCUCUUGCGAAUCUAUGGGUGCCUCCAAAUACCGAUGGUUUCACAAUGCCUGCUGUGAAUGUAUUGGACCGGAAUGUAUCGACUAUGGGAGUAAAACUGUAAGAUGCACAAACUGCAUGUUUUGAGAAUGAAAAGUUGGAUUGUAAAAUCAUAGACACCAAAGUUGUCUUAUUGGUACGUACCAACCUGGGCAGUAUUGAUUGAGUUUGUAAUGGUUGCCAGAUAGCUGCAGGUACUUAGAGAUGUAUAAAAUUUUAAACAUACACUUUCCUCCCUCUUUUAUAUAAUAAACAGUAUUAAUUAACAAAUGUUUAGAAAACUUGUUUUUCUGAAUUGGAUAGUAUAAUCAAGUGUGUAGAUUCUGUAACAUUUGAUCUGAACAUGUAUUUUUAAAAAUUGUAUUUAUAUUGUAGAAAUCUCCAGGAGAAUAGCCAUGUUCCUGUGUUGCACAGUGUACAUACUGAAUCUUUAACUAGAUUAUCAUGAAGUUUCACACAAACUGCAAUAAACCUCUCAUUUCUUGGAUUUGCCAUAUAAAUCCUACAUGUGUUAAUCUGAACUGGUACGUAGCUUAUUGCUAUAUAUCCUAUGGAUUUUCCUGUAAGUCUUUUUAAAAGAAAGCAACUACAAGAGGAGGCCUCAGGUGUGACCAGUAAGAAGAAAAGAGAAUUAUUAGAGGAUUUUAUGUUAGAAUUUCCUCCUUCUUUUUCAGUAUCAAAGCUUAUUUGGUAGGGUUUAUUAUGUCCACUUCAUAAUAUUAUUGUUUCUUCUUUACUGUCCCCAUUUUUAAUUCCAGCGAAGCUAUUAUGAACAGAAAAGAGAGCAUGUAUUGACUGAUAAAGUAGAAAUCAUAGUGAACUUGAAUUAUUAUUAUAGAUAACAUAAAAAGAGUUGGGUAUAAAGGAAUAUAUUUUGGAAAAUAUUGGAAUUGCGUUUUCUGAAAUUCAUGGCAGAAUCCACUUUUUUACUGCAUGGACAGUGCUUUGUUUUAUACAUAAUUGUUCCUUUCCUCAGCACUUUCACAAGGUUGUAUUUACUACCACCCUGUGGACAUGAAAACCCCAUUGGUUUCAGUCGUUUCAGUGAGUGAUCUUCAACUUGCACAGCUGCAGGCCAAAGAUCCAUGGAGUUCUACAUUUGAUACCACUGUUAACAACUUCUCCCUGCAAGUACUUGUGGGUGAGGCAUCUACAGAAAUAGUCUUCUACACACAGGUCGCUUGCCUGGGUAUCAUUUGUGGACAUACAAAGCUGUUGCAAAGACACUUACUCUGUGAAAACAGUGUAACAGUUUUGCAGGUACUCAUGUUUUUUGUAUGGCCACAAAUAUUCUACGUCUAAAAUAAUCACAAAUAACACAAGGUCUUUUAUUUAGAAAUUCAUUGUCGUGGAUUUGUUAGAUCGUGCUAAAGACUGCUACUGAAAAUGUCAGAAUAAAAGGAACUUUUUUCAGUUUU